AUGGACAGCGGUGGACCUAGUAUGGGGCCCAUGGAUGCCGACGAUGUUGAUCUGUAUGCGCUUCUCGGCAUCGACAAGUCAGCAAGCCAAGCCGAUAUUAAGAAGGCUUACAGAAAGGCUGCUUUGCAACACCAUCCAGAUAAGGUCCCCGAGGAGAGAAGAGCAGAGUCCGAGGCGACAUUCAAAGCCGUCACGCAGGCUUACGAAAUCCUUCGCGAUGAGGAGAAGCGACACCUUUAUGAUACCCAUGGCAUGGCCGCCUUCGAUCCAUCCAGAGCUGGCCCUGGCGGAGCGGAGGUUGAUCUGAAUGAUAUCCUGGCGCAGAUGUUUGGUAUGGGCAUGGGCGGAGGAGCCGUGCCGAAGCGACCGAGACGAGGACACGAUGAAGAGCAGCAAUACGAGGUCUCACUCGAGGAACUGUACAAGGGAAAGACUGUCAAGUUCGCUGCCAAUAAGCAGGUUGUCUGCGACAAGUGCAAGGGCUCAGGAGCCAAGGAGAACGUCAAGCCGCAGCAGUGCGACCGCUGCAAAGGCGCCGGCAUCCAAGAGGCUUUUCGCCAGAUCGGCCCGGGUUUGGUCCGUAAGGAGGUCAUACCCUGCGAUCAUUGCGGAGGCUCUGGAAUGUAUUACAAGGAGAAGGACCGGUGUAAGAAGUGCAAGGGGAAGCGGACGGUAGAGGAGACCAAGGCUCUUGAGAUCUACAUCCCGCGAGGCUCUAUGCAGGGCGAGCGGAUAGUCCUGGAAGGCGAGGCGGAUCAACACCCCGAGCAGCUACCUGGAGAUAUCAUUUUCACUCUUGUGGAGAAGCCGCACGAUGUCUUCACUCGCAUCGGCAACGAUCUGUCGGCCGAUCUAAACGUUACCCUGGCUGAAGCUCUGAGUGGCUUUUCCCGAGUGGUUCUGAAGCAUUUAGAUGGCCGUGGCAUUCACAUUGAGUUCCCCCGAGGCAAAAUCCUUCGACCAAAUGAAGUCCUCAAGGUUCCUGGUGAGGGAAUGCCUCUGAAGAGGGGCGAGAUGAAGGGCGAUCUUUACCUGAUUGCCAAGAUCGAGUUCCCAGAGGAUGGCUGGAUGUCAGACGACAAAUCUUACGAGGCAUUGCAGAAGCUCCUUCCACCACCAGCUCCUGCUAUCGCGGCGGAAGAGAUCGACGAGGUGGAAUAUGAGGAGGACGUUGACAUUGAAGAGAUGGGUGCUCACUCCGGUGACCCGAGAUUCGGAAAUGAUUGGGAAGAUGUCGAUGAAGAAGACGGAGCACCGCAAUGCGCUACACAGUAG